AUGGCCGCUAAGUCGGAUGGAGCAGCGGUGUCUGUGGAAGAUGACAACCCGCCCAGGAGCCUCUCGGAGCCGGGUAACCCCACCGCCCGGCCCCAGUGCACCGCCGCCGCCGGGGGGAAGCCCUACACGCCGGACUGCUGCUGGGUGCUCUGCGCCAUGCUCGUCUUUUUCUCGACGGCGCGACGACUGUGGCUGGCCGCAGACUACUACCUGAGAGGCGACUACUGGUGGUUCGGCUUGACGCUCGUCUUCGUCGUCGUGCCCUCCGCCGUCGUCCAGGUGCUGAGUUUCCGGUGGUUCGUCUAUGACUACUCGGAUCUCAGCCGCGGGGACGGAGAGGCGAAGCGGCGGCGGUGAAGCGGUGCGGCGGCGGCAGGCGCGGCAGACGGAGCGUCAGCGGCGGGCGACGGCAAUUUCAGCACCAAGGACAGCGACCAGCGCGGUGGGAGCGCGGCCACCGGGAACGCCGAGAAUGUUACCCCGGUUUAUAUGUCCUCCGCCCCGCCUGCGACGCCGGGGAGAAUCGGGGCCCCCAUGAGGUGCUGCACCGUGUGUAUGUGGGUGUUUCAGACCGUGCUCCAUGUCCUGCAGCUCGGCCAAGUCUGGAGGUAUAUCCACGCCCUCUACCUGGGAGCCCAGAGCCACUGGCACGGCAACGGGCCCCGCCGCCACUUCCACUGGCGGCUGAUGUUCGAGAGCGCCGACAUCACCAUGCUCCGCCUCCUGGAGGCGUUCCUGAAGUCGGCGCCGCAGCUCGUCCUGCAGCUCAGCAUCAUGAUCCACGGAAACACCGUCCUCCCUCUGCAAGGUCUCUCGGCCUCUGCCUCCCUGGUCUCUCUGGCAUGGAUGAUCGCCUCCUACCAGAAGGUUCUCCGUGACUCCCGUGACGACAAGCUGCCCAUGUCCUACAAGGCCGUCAUCACCCAGAUGCUAUGGCACUUCUUCACCAUCGGGGCGAGGACCGUGGCCUUUGCACUCUUCGCCUCCGUCUUCCAGCUCUACUUUGGCAUUUUCAUCGUCAGCCACUGGUGUGUGAUGACCUUCUGGAUCAUUCAAGGUGAGACCGACUUCUGCAUGUCCAAGUGGGAGGAGAUCAUCUACAACAUGGUGGUGGGCAUCAUCUACAUCUUCUGCUGGUUCAACGUCAAGGAAGGCCCCAGCCGCUUCCGCAUGACCGUCUACUACUCGGUGACGCUGGCCGAGAACGUGGCACUGACUGCCGCCUGGUACGCCUACCGCGGCCCGCACACCUCCGACUCGUACGCGCUGGUGGUGGUGUGCUUGGUGGCCUGCAGCUUCGCCCUGGGGACCUUCUUUAUGUUGGUGUACUACUGCUGGUUGCACCCGGAUGGGCCUGUUCUCAGUUCGCAGUGGGGCGGGUGCAUCAAGGAAGGGGAGGGCGGUACGGGAGGGGUGGCGGGAGUGAUUGACGCUUGCCUCACCCCGUCCCAAGGUUCCCAAACCCCAGGGGGCUCGGACGUUGUCAUCACCAGCCCUCCAAGGACUCUCCCCAGGACUAGAGAGACGGGAGAGCCGGUUCCUGGAGAGCGAGACAGGGACAGGGAGAGAGACAGGGACAGUUGCCUGCCUGUCUUCCAGGUGCGCCCCUCCCCUUCCUCCUCUCCAGCGCUCCUCCACAGGACCCCCUCCUCCUGCCGGGCCCAGGAAGGCCCCGUGAUCCGGAUCGACCUGCCCAGGAAGCGAUACCCAGCCUGGGAUGCACACUUUAUCGACCGGCGGCUCCGCAAGACUAUCCUGCUUCUGGAGACAACAUCGCCUGUCAGCCCCAGGAUACAGUACAGGAGUAGCAUGAUGGGCAGCAAAGAGGUGUUAGAGUACGAGACGACUGUCUAA